CUGCUCAGUUAAGUGCUCCAGUGAGGCCCAUCUCACCAGCAGGCGGACAUCUGCUCUUGACCAAAUACGGUCGCGCGAGCUGCGGCUGUCUGCGAGCUUCACUCUUCUCAGCAAGCCAUGCCCUCAGAACUUGCCAAGAAGAAAGCUGCAAAGAAGAAGGAGGCAGCCAAAGCUCGACAGCGUGUGAAAAAACAUGAAGAGGCGAAUGGAGAAGGAGAGCAUCCGGAUGGCCAAGUGAAUGGUGUGAUGUCUAAUGGGGAGGCAAAUGGCGAUGUUGUCGCUCUAGCCAAGGAGCUGGAUGAGUUUGAGCUGCGGAAGAUGGAGUCUCGGGCAGUGACGGGCGUCUUGGCCUCCCAUCCCAACAGCACUGAUGUUCACAUCAGCAGUCUGUCGCUCACCUUUCAUGGCCAAGAGUUACUGAGCGACACCAGCCUAGAGCUCAACUCCGGCCGACGUUACGGUCUCAUUGGCCUCAAUGGCACAGGCAAGUCUAUGCUCCUGUCUGCUAUUGGUCACCGAGAAGUUCCCAUCCCAGAACACAUUGACAUCUAUCACCUGACACGUGAAAUGGCCCCCAGUGAGAAGACAGCGCUGCAUUGUGUCAUGGAGGUUGAUGAAGAGAGGAUAAAACUGGAGAAGGAAGCUGAGAGAUUGGCUCAUGAGGACUCAGAGUGUGAGAAACUGAUGGAGAUCUAUGAGCGUUUGGAGGAGUUGGACGCAGACAAAGCUGAAGUUCGAGCCUCACGAAUCCUCUAUGGACUUGGUUUCAACCCUGCCAUGCAGCAAAAAAAGCUGAAAGAUUUCAGUGGAGGCUGGAGGAUGCGUGUGUCCCUUGCCAGGGCCCUUUUCAUUAAGCCCUUCAUGUUAUUGUUAGAUGAACCUACUAACCACUUGGAUCUGGAUGCCUGUGUGUGGCUGGAAGAGGAGCUUAAGUCCUUCAAGCGUAUCCUUGUGCUCAUCUCACAUUCUCAAGACUUCCUCAAUGGUGUGUGCACCAACAUCAUUCACCUCCACCAGAGGAAACUCAAGUAUUACACUGGUAACUAUGACCAGUAUGUAAAGACCAGGGAGGAGCUGGAGGAGAACCAGAUGAAGCGGUACAACUGGGAACAGGACCAGAUAUCUCACAUGAAGAAUUAUAUCGCCCGUUUUGGUCAUGGCUCAGCCAAACUAGCUCGCCAGGCUCAGAGCAAAGAAAAAACGCUGCAAAAAAUGGUGGCAUCUGGCCUAACAGCCCGUGUGGUGAAUGACAAGACUUUGUCGUUUUAUUUUCCUCCUUGUGGGAAGAUUCCCCCUCCUGUAAUCAUGGUGCAGAAUGUCAGCUUCCAAUACUCCAUUGACACACAUUAUAUUUACAAAAACUUGGAGUUUGGCAUUGACUUGGACACACGAGUCGCACUUGUGGGUCCCAAUGGGGCAGGAAAGUCCACACUUCUCAAGCUGCUGAUGGGAGAGCUUCUCCCCACAGACGGAAUGAUAAGAAAGCACUCACAUGUUAAGAUUGGCAGAUAUCACCAGCAUCUGACUGAGCAGCUAGAGCUUGACCUGUCUCCUCUGGAGUACAUGAUGAAGUGCUUCCCUGAGAUCAAAGAAAAAGAGGAGAUGAGGAAGAUCAUUGGACGUUAUGGCCUGACAGGCAAGCAGCAGGUCAGUCCCAUCAGGAACUUGUCUGAUGGUCAGAAGUGUCGGGUGUGUUUUGCCUGGCUCGCAUGGCAGAAUCCUCACAUGCUGUUUCUGGAUGAACCAACGAAUCACUUGGACAUUGAGACAAUUGAUGCUCUGGCUGAGGCCAUCAAUGAGUUUGAGGGUGGAAUGAUGCUAGUUAGCCACGACUUCAGACUUAUUCAGCAGGUGGCUCAGGAAAUUUGGGUGUGUGAGAAGCAGACCAUCACCAAAUGGAACGGAGACAUUUUGGCUUACAAGGAGCACUUGAAAUCAAAAAUUGACAAACAGACUCAUGAUAUUUAAAAAUCUAUGAACUGGACAGACUGUCUUUUAAGAUUUCCGUCAUGGUUUGAUUACCCUCCCUCAUUUCCCAGAUGUGCAUUAUUGAAGGAAUUUUCAAUUGGACAAUGAAGCCCAGAAUCACGAUUGCUGAUCUGGAUUGCAUUCCAUUGUACUGUCAUCUGAAAUUGUUGGCAACUUUCCCAAGGGCAAACAGAAAAACAUGAUUUGGCCUAAUAUCUCAUAAGAAAUUCUUAAUCCGCCUCUCAGACGCAAAUUUCAUGGCAUCAGCAUGUCUAUUUUAUUUAAUAUUAUUAAGGCAAUCAAGGUUUAUUGGAAUAAAUAGAUUCAAUUAAGUUCUUUGAAGUACACAAAUAAUGAUGCAGAACAGCCCAAUGGUUUGUAGAGAACUUAGCUAGGGUAAAUUUUCAGAAAGCAAAUGUCAUACAUAUCCUUUAACGUUUGAGUAUUCAUGUCAAAAUUGUUCAAUGCAUUAAUCUGACAGUCCAAAUUAGCAACUCAGUGACACCAUGCUCUGUGAAUGAUGCAUCCAUGUGUACAGGACUUCACCUGGGAAAACAAAGGCUGCUUGAAGAGCAUCACUCCUUUACAUACUUAAAGCAAGUUUCUGUAUCAUUCAGGCAUAAACUACAUGGCAAAAAUUACCAUUAUAUGCAAAACUGUCUCAAACGUCAGAAUGAUCCUGUUUAGUUUCCGCCGCUGAACAACAACACAAAAACACAUUUACUGCUCGGCAUUGCUGCUCUCUGCGAAAGUGGAAUCAAUAAUGCAUAAAAUAAAUUGCAAAUUGAUUUAGAAAUAUAAAUGGCCCUAAAUCAUAUGUAAAUUUUGAAUGUCCCAACUUUUUGACACAAAUAUGGCACUAGCAAAGUCACCCACCUGCACAAAAAACAAUUAACAAGCACUAUUUGCUUUUAAUGGCCAUUCCACUAGAGCAUGAGUUUACCUAAAAAUCAAUACACUUAAACAGUUUGGGAAAAAAGUGUUAAUUGCUAAUUAAUUUCUUAUACUCUACUGGUCAAAAGUUUUGAAACACUUGACCGAAAUGUUUCUCAUGAUCUUAAAAAUAUUUUGAUCUGAAGGUGUAUGCUUAAAUGUUUGAAAUUAGUUUUAUAGACAAAAAUAUAAUUGUGCCACCAUAUUAAUUUAUUAUAUAUAAUAGAUUAUAAAUCUAAAAUUUAAUAAAAAAAUAAAAUAAAAGAACAUUUUUGAAAUGGAUGACUUGGACCAAAUAAUUAAGAAAAGCAGCCAAUAAGUGCCCAACAUAGAUGGGAACUCCUUCAGUACUGUUUAAAAAGCAUCCCAGGGUGAUACCACAAGAAGUUGGUUGAGAAAAUGUCAAGAGUACAUGUUUGCAAAUUCUAGGCAAAGGGUGACUGCUUUGAAGAUGCUAAAAUAUAACAUAGUUUUGAUUUAUUUUGGAUUUUGUUUAGUCACAACAUAAUUCCCAUAGUUCCAUUUAUGUUAUUCCAUAGUUUUAAUGACUUUACUAUUAUUCUAAAAUGUGAAAAAAAAAUUAUAAUAAAGAAUGAGUAAGUGUUUCAAAACUUUUGACCGGUAGUGUAUAUAGUAUAACUGUUUCACUGGGGUAGAGAAUUCUGGAGUUGCCGAUAGGGUAGACAUAGUAACUAACAGAGCUUUUCCUGUUUCUGUUGUGUUAUAGGUGUUUAAAUGGCUUUGAGACAGUGAGGUCAUUUUACUUUCCACAUACCUGUUAAAUGGCUUCAUUACACUGAGACCACAAACCCGUUUGCUCAUAGAUAUAUCUACUGUAUAUCAAGGGAAAGGCAUAUUCAAGUAAUCACAUAUUUAAGAGUCAACUUAACUGGUUAAUUUGCCAUUGGCUAAAGGAGUUUUUUUAAGAUGAGGCCAUUGUAAUGACUAGGAUUCAUGAAUUAGUGGAGUGGAUAUCAAUAUAGGACAUUUUAUGAGAUGAAGCAUGGUCUUUAUAAUAUGUUUUGUUUUGUCUGUUUAACAGCUAAAUCCUGUUUUUCUACCUACAUUUCACCAAAUGUUCAAAAAAUGCCAUGACUUUGAGAAACAAGGAGCAGUUUCUUUAGCCAGAUGUGAAUUAAAUAUGAUAUAGCCUACCUACGGCACAACUCAGUUAGCCUUGCUCUUAUCUGCAAACAACAUCAAAUUGUAGCUUAACAAGAUAACAGAAAGCAAUGUUGCAAUAAAUAUUUUCUUUAAGUUUCUUAAAGCAGCCUAUGUUGUGUGCAAAUGCACACGUUUGUUCAUGUUUCACAAUGAAGAACAUUUAGUAAGUGUUAUCCGUUUUUACAAAAUGUGAUGUCAUGCAGGUUUCACGUGGUGUGUGUGCGUGUGUCUUUCCAGGGUUGGGCAGUAACAGAAUACAUGUAAUGGGAUUACAUAUUUAAAACUACAGUUUGUAUUCCACUACAGUUACAAUUUAAAUCAUUGGUAAUUAGAAUAAUUACAUUCAAAAAGUAUUUUGAUUACUGAAGAGGUUACUUUGCAUUUUAUUGUCAUUUAUUUCAUUUAAAAUUUAGUCCUUUCAGAUGGAAAACAUUUAUACAUAAAAAUGAUGCGAUCCAAAGUGCAUUUGAACAGCAGUGAAACACUUUCUUAUGAUGUGUUACAUUCAUACGAGCAGACAGAGAAGUAAGUUUGAAGUAAGUUUGGAGCACAAGAAAUAGAAAUAAGUGUAAAUUGUCAGCUUUACGCUAAACUAAAAUGCUAUUUUUAGCCAUUUUACAUGUACAUGUUACCAGGCACGAUCAUAUUUUUUUAUCAAGAAAAUUCAUGUUGGAUCAUAAUUUCUUUUUUUCUAGUAAGAUCUUUGAUAUUAAGGCUAAAAUUGUAUUCUUGAUAAUAAUUGUUGUAUUGUUUUCCUGUAAAAAUAUCUAAAAAUCCUUAAAACAAUAUCAGUUUGAUUUAUCUUGUUUGAGAAACAACACUGCAUAAGAUAUUUAGGUUUUUCAGAGAAUGUAUUUUUAACAUGUGUAUUUUGUCUUACUGUACUGGCAGAGUUAUUAUAGUCAAAACAAGUGAAAAAAUCUACCAGUGCUGAAGAAGUAAUCCAAAGUAUUUAGAAUACAUUACUGACCUUGAGUAAUCUAACAGAAUAUGUUACAAAUUACAUUUUACAGCAUGUAUUCUGUAAUCUGUAGUGGAAUACAUUUCAAAAGUAACCCUCCCAACCCUGUGUCUUUCUAGCUGUUCUUUAAGGACAAAUUUGCAGAAAAUUUCCUUAGAUGUUUGUGAAAUCUGUGUGCACGUACAAAAUCUUUGUCUCCUGUCUGUCUAUUUCACAUCUGCGUCUCCUUUGCAAAUAUAGUUCUCUAGUCUUUCACCCUCUAAAUUCAAAAUACAUUCAUUAGUUUGUUAUCAUGUGAAAAAGAAGUGAAGUGUUUGAUGUAGACACAGGAAGAGAAGCAUUAUCCUCUAUUUACUUCCUCUCACACACACACGCUACAUUGUCUUCGAAACAACAUCUAUGAAUUCAAAAGUCGCUUCUACAGAAGAAUUGGUCCAGUGGCUCAUUUUCAUAGGAUGAAGUUUGUUUAAAUAGAAUAAUUUACCUGAGUAAUAUUCUCACUUUGUUUAUUACCUAGAUACAUAUAUAUGUUAAAUAAUUUUAUUUGAAUUUUAAAAUUAAGCGUGAAGUUCCCAAGAUGGAAAAAAGGCUAUCUAGAAUGAUUCAACUCCUUUUAUGCUUUUGUUAAGAAAAGUUGCUUUAACGUAUUUACUUGCACACUUUACUACCACGGUAGUUAAAAAAAAACAAAAAACCUUACUCUUGCCCAACAAGACUACAGGUUCAAUAUUGCUAUGCAACUUCCUCCAUUACAACAGAAGCAGAUACCUCUACUGUUCUCUCUAGUCAUUAGCCAUACAUACUGUAUACUUGAUUUACUUUACAUAUUUGUAUCAUUUCACAAUGAAGCUGAAAGCAACCAAAAUUCUCUUGAUUUUCAUCUGCCUGUAUGUGCAAGGAUUAUUGGGAGAGAAGACUUAUUUGUGGUAUUUGUCUUUCUAGGAUUUUGGGGACCAAAUUCUUGCUGAAGAUCAGAUGCCAUCAGAGAAUGUGAUUUUGUCAUCCAGUGAUGACACAGCAGCUGUGGAGGAGCCUUUCAACACAGUAAAGGAAAGUCAGCUUUUUAAAGAGAAGAAAAACCAAGAUGAACAGAUGAACCAGAACAACUGAAUAUAGAAGAUCACACUGCCUGUGUCUAUAUUAAAAUUCAAGAUAUUUUAUUAUUAGAUUAAUUACACAACUAUACAAAUUACUUAAAUAUAUAAAUAUGAUCUGAUGCCACAGAUAAUAAAAAAGCAGCCAAUGUUUAACACUC